GGAUGGGAAAAGCAUAGUCAGAAUCUAGCCGAUCAACAGCACAGACCUUCUUCUCCCUUUUUUUUGUCCACACAACAAUCUACAACCCAUAAUCAUCAAAAUGCUGAAGUUGGUGGUGCUGUCCGCUGUCCUGGCCGUCGUUGCCGCUCGUCCCGGUGCCCUCACGUACUCUGCCCCGUUGGCGUACGCUCCGGCCACCUUCAUCGCGAAGCCCGAGAUCUACUACCAGAAGAGCAUCAUCGAGGAACCGACCGUCGCGCACGUCGGCAGUCUGGUGAAGACCAUCCCAACGGCCGUCUCGCACCAGAGCUCCACCAUCGUGCACAACUCUGCCAAGAUCACCGAGCCGAUCUAUGCUCCGGCCGUGAAGCAGACGCUCGUCUCAACCCCGAUCGCCAAGACGACCUACAUUGCUGCUCCGGCGGCCUAUGCUUACGCUGCCCCCGCGUUGGCCUAUCACGAUGCUUACGCUUACCACCAUCUGCUUGUUGCGGUGACCUUGGUGGCGGGUGUGCUGGGACAGGAUACAUCCAACGACGCCAGCACCGUAUCUCCGCAAGAUAUCUACGAUCUCUCGGAGGAUGACUUCAAACUCUGGCUCUCGGGAAGACAACCGAAAGCUUGGGAGGGAGGAUCUUCAAGCUCCAGUUCGUCAACUGCUACCAGCGCUCCCCAAACGACCACUCUCCCUUCUGUGUUCCGAACAACCACCAACAACACUCCCACCACCCCUACGACAACACCGACUACGCCCAACUUCCUGACCACCAGCACCACCAUUAGACCGAUCGAACCCUCGUCGGAUGGAAAGUCUUGGUUCGAGGAGGAAGAUACAGCGACGCCACGGCCCGACCUGCUCGGCGAUCAGUUUAAACCGGCCGGUGAAGAUUUCGCCCAAUGGCUCGAACGUCAGAUGAACCGCGUGCAGGAGGUGACGUUCGUUCCGCAGACGACCUUGACGGGAGAUCAGCUGGCGGGAGCGGGACUCGUCACUCGUCUGACAACCAUUCAUUCGAGCCGGCGGUCCGAAAAGCACAGUCAGCGUUCAAUCGUUCCAAAAGCAAAAGCUCAAACCCCGACAACAACACAGACCUUUCGGUGUGUUUUUCUUUGUGACAAGCAAAACCCAGCAAAACAAAAAAAACAAUCCAAUAUGUUCCGAUUGGUGGUGUUGUCCGUUGUUCUCGCCGUUGCCGCUGCCGCCCCGAAACCGGGUCUGGUGCAUUCGGCCCCGCUUGCCUACUCGACCGUGGUAGCUGCCGCCCCGGCCCUUGUCGCCCAGAAGGAGAUCUCGUACCAGAAGAGCAUCAUCGAGGAACCGACCGUGGCGCACGUUGGCACGAUCGAGAAGUCCAUCCCGACGGGAUACUCGCACCAGAGCUUCACCCAGUACCAUAACAAGCAGGUCGCCGAGCCAGUGUAUGCUGCGGGCGUGAAGAAGACCGUCGUGUCGACUCCGGUUGAGAAGACGACCUACGUCCAGGCCGCUGCUCCAGUCGUCCAUGCCGCCCCGGCCGUCUACGCCGCUCCGGUCCAGACUGUCUACGCUGCUGCUCCAGUUGCCAAGACCUACUCGUACGCUGCCCCGGUUGCCAAGACCUACGUGCAGGCUGCCCCGGCUGCCAUCUCGUACGAAGCCGCCCCAGUGUCGUACGUUGCCGCUCCUCUGAAGACGUCCUACGUCAGCAGCUACCCGUCGGUGUACGCUGCCCCGGCCGUCUAUGCUAACGAGUGGAACUAAGCGAACCUGACUGUGACUUACGAUCAAUUUCCGUUCGGCAAGCGAGAACCCUAUUUUUCUCUUGUUCAACGUUUUCGGAUUGUUUUAUUGAAAGAUGAGGAAAAUAAAUUAAAUAUUUAAACUGUA